AUGUGGAAUCAGAAAGAGAGUAAAGUAUUUAUCGUUGCCGAAAUCGGCCAAAACCAUCAAGGAUCGGUAGAGAUAGCAAAACAAAUGAUACAAGCUGCAAAGAACAGUGGUGCAGAUUGUGUGAAAUUUCAACGAUCAAAUUUAUCGGAAAAAUUCACUCCAAGUGCUUUAACACGUCCUUAUGUUGGCCCCAACUCGUGGGGGAAAACCUACGGCGAACACAAAGAAUGGCUCGAGUUUACGCUGGAUCAGUAUCGUGAGCUACAGCAUUUCGCUUUCAAAUUGGGCAUCUUAUUUACGGCUUCAGCGAUGGAUUUUUCUUCAUUUAUUGAACUUGAACAAGAAUUGGUUGUACCAUUUGUGAAGGUUGGUUCAGGAGAUGCAGAUAAUGUGCCUCUCCUUCGUUACGCGGCCAACCGUCCAAUUCCUCUCGUUAUCUCCACCGGAAUGCAAGAUUGGGACCAUGUUUGCAAUAUUUAUAAUACAUUCCGUCACCGUAAUGACGUUGGAUUGCUGCACUGCACAUCUGCUUACCCGACUCCGCCGCAAGACACGUUGUUACGAAUGAUUCCGUUAUAUCGUCAACAUUUUCCCGAACUUACUAUCGGAUAUUCUGGGCACGAACUUGGUGUGCAGUUAUCUGUUGCAAGCGUAGCAUUAGGUGCAAAAAUUGUCGAGCGUCACUUUACGUUGGAUAAAUCGUGGAAAGGUACCGACCAUCAGGCAUCAUUAGAACCAUUCGAAUUCGCAAGAAUGGUGAGGUACAUUAGAACACUAGAAAAAACGGUAAUUAAUAAUUCAAAAAGUAUAACACAACACCUAGCAAGCGUGCUAGACCAGGAAGAUUACAAUGAAGAGCAGUUGCACGCUGCUUUGAGAGACGUUACAACGGGCGACAGAAGAUUGCUAGAAUCAGAAAAACCAUGCCAUGAGAAAUUGGGCAAAUCUUUGGUAUUUGCCGACAAUUUCAGCUGUGACGUUGUGAUUUCAGCAGAUAAUUUAAGAGUAAAAGUAAGUGACACUAAAGGUUUAACACCCAAGUUGUACGAUUCAAUCCUUGGGAAAACUCUAAAGACAGCCGUUUUAAAGGACAAUCCUGUUUUAGAGCAACAUUUUUAGAACAGCAAAAUCACUUUGCAGCAUUCCACGGGACCAUUAUGUUUUGUUAAAUCUUAAUACGA